ACAGGACGAACUGUAUGAGAACUGUGAAACAUUCCUUGGAUCUCAAAACGGAAUCGAUUUUAAUUUCACUCGUCCCAGGUUUCAGAUUUAUGGCAGUGGCAAAAGCGAAUUCAAUAUGGCAUCCAGUAUGCAAUUUCUGUCUUCAGGCCUUGGUAAAUACAAUGAAAAAGAGCUCCCAUCAUUACUUCCAAAACAGGAAGCUCUUAGUGAAGUGAGCAAGGUAGAAAGCCACUUUGGACCUGUGCCUGAUAUUUUUCGACAGGGGUUUUCUAAUGUGCAAAACGAUUUAUCAUGUUCACAUCCUUUGGAAUAUUCAGAGAAGAAUUACUUUCAUGUUCAAAAUAAGCGAGAUAUGAUGAUGCUUCGUAGCAUUCAAGGCUUGCAUGCGCCGUUAAAACUACUUGAGAGAACUCUAGCAUCUCAGAAGAGACGGUUGCCAUGUCUUCCUAGCUCAAUGGUCGCUUUAGAAACGUUAGUUGGAAUGGAUACUACAAUUGGUUUUGAUGACUUUCUCAACGAUCCGUGCGAUGGUGAAACUCCAAGAGAUGUACACUCUCUCAUGGAAAAUCGAAAAUAAUCGUGCUCAUUUCCCAACAUUUGUCCUCGUGUUACUCGAAAUGAACUUUUUCGUCUCAGCGUAGUAAAAAUAUGAAAAAAAUCGUUUUUGUCCGGAUUAAUUGAAAACGAUGAUUUUGUCGUGUUAUAAAAA